AUGCCGUCUUCUACUGCCAACACCUUCAUCGGUGCCAUUGACCAGGGCACCACCAGCUCUAGGUUCCUCAUUUUCAACAAGCAUGGAGAGGUGGUCUCACUGCAUCAGAUGGAAUUCAAGCAGAUUUACCCUCACCCUGGUUGGCACGAGCAUGACCCUGAAGAGCUCAUUUCUUCCGUGGAGAAAUGCAUCGACGGCGCCGUCCAAAAGUUCGAGACGCAGGGCCACUCCCGCGAGCACAUUGUCGCCGUAGGCAUCACCAAUCAGCGGGAGACUACGGUGGUCUGGGACAAGACCACCGGAAAGGCCCUGUACAACGCCAUUGUCUGGACUGAUACCCGCAACGUGGAAAUUGUCCGUCGCCUCAAGCAUCGCAUCGGAUCGGGAGAGCUGACCCAACGCUGCGGUCUUCCCCUGUCUACGUAUUCAUCUGUGGGUCGGCUGCUCUGGCUUCUGGAGAAUGUCCCCGAAGUACAGAAGGUGUACGAUCAGGGCAACCUCGCAUUCGGUACCGUCGACUCGUGGCUGGUCUACAAGCUCAAUGGCGGCGCUGCCGGCAACGUCCAUGUCUCCGACCCCUCCAACGCCUCACGUACAAUGUUCAUGAACAUCCACACCCUCAAGUAUGAUUCCGAACUGAUCGACUGGUUCCGCCUCGACCCUAAAAAGGUCGCGUUGCCCAAGAUUGUUCGGUCCGCCGAUGCCGAGGCAUAUGGCUGCUUCGCCAGCGGCCGCCUCAAAGGCACCAAGAUCACGGGAUGCCUGGGAGACCAGUCUGCUGCCUUGGUUGGUCAAAAGGGAUUCGAGCCUGGCCAGGCAAAAAACACGUACGGUACCGGGUGCUUCCUGCUGUACAACAUUGGCGACAAACCCGUCAUCUCCUCUCACGGCCUUCUGGCUACCGUCGCGUUCGAUUUCGGCAAGGGCAAGACCAUGUAUGCUCUCGAGGGCAGCAUUGCCGUCGCCGGCUCCAGCAUAAAGUUUCUGGUUGACAACUUUGGUUUCAUCGAGUCGUCCUCCAAGCUCAGCGCGUUGGCGGAAACGGUCGAGGACAAUGGCGGCUGCACCUUUGUGACCGCCUUUAGCGGUCUCUUUGCUCCUUACUGGAUCGACGAUGCUCGAGGCACCAUCUUUGGCAUAACCUCCUACACCCAGCGGGGACACAUUGCUCGUGCCACCCUCGAGGCCACCUGCUUCCAGACGAGAGCCAUCCUCGAUGCCAUGGCCAAGGACAGUGGCAAGCAGCUGGCCGAACUCGCCGUAGACGGCGGCAUGUCCAACUCUGAUCUUAUCAUGCAGACUCAAUCCGACAUCAUUGGCAUUCCCGUCAACCGACCGGCCAUGCGGGAAACAACGGCUCUUGGUGCUGCGAUAGCCGCUGGCUUUGCCGUGGGUGUUUGGGACUCCUUUGAAGACCUCAAGGACGUCAACACAGAAGGUCGCACAAUGUUCAAACCGCAGAUCUCUGCUGCUGAUGCCAACAAGAAAUUUGAGCGAUGGGAAAAGGCUGUCCAGAUGAGUAAGGGCUGGUCCUCGUAG